AUUCGUGUGAUCGUUUAUUGCCGUUGUUACGUGACUAUGAUAAUUGAUCUCUGCUGAGUGGGGAUGCCGCAGCCACACAUCUUGGCAGGUCGUCAAGAGCGAUAAACAGAAAACAAGAACAAGUCUCUUAGGGCAGAUAGCACCUAGUCAGAGGGGACCCUUUUCCCAGAAGUAGCCAGCCAGCUAGGACCCCAGACAGACAAUCCCAGCAUGGGGAACCAGGACGAGACCAGGAAGCUGAACGGCAGCUCCUUGCACCCCGACGGCACCUCAGCCGUGGCCCCCGAGCAGGCUAAAGAGAGCAUGCAGAUGAAGAAGGAGAUCUCCCUGCUCAACGGAGUCAGCCUCAUCGUGGGCAACAUGAUUGGCUCCGGCAUUUUCGUGUCUCCCAAGGGCGUGCUCAUCUACAGCGCCUCCUACGGCCUGUCGCUGGUCAUCUGGGCCAUCGGUGGAAUAUUCUCAGUGGUCGGCGCUCUGUGUUACGCAGAGCUGGGCACCACCAUCACCAAGUCCGGGGCCAGCUAUGCCUAUAUCCUGGAGUCCUUUGGUCCAUUCAUUGCCUUUAUUCGCUUGUGGACAUCACUGCUCAUCAUUGAGCCCACCAGUCAGGCGGUCAUCGCCAUAACGUUCGCUAACUACCUGGUGCAGCCACUGUUUCCCACGUGUGAGCCACCCUACUCAGCCUCGCGCCUCAUCGCAGCCGCCUGCAUAUGUUUGCUGACGUUCAUCAACUCGGCCUACGUGAAGUGGGGCACCAGGGUGCAGGAUGUCUUCACUUAUGCCAAAGUUCUCGCCCUCAUCGUCAUCAUCAUCACAGGCAUAGUGAAACUAUGCCAAGGAUACACCGUGAACUUGGAGGCGUCGUUCCAGGGCUCUUCUACAGACCCAGGAGACAUUGCCUUGGCCCUGUACUCUGCCCUGUUCUCCUACUCGGGCUGGGACACACUCAACUUUGUUACUGAGGAGAUCAAGGACCCAGAGAGGAACCUGCCCCUGUCCAUUGCCAUCUCCAUGCCCAUUGUCACGAUCAUAUAUAUCAUGACUAACGUGGCUUACUACGCCGUGCUGGACAUGAGUGCCAUCCUCGCCAGUGAUGCCGUGGCUGUGACGUUUGCCGACCACACUCUGGGAGUGAUGAGCUGGACCAUCCCCAUCGCUGUGGCUCUGUCCUGUUAUGGAGGGCUAAACGCAUCUAUUAUCGCCGCAUCCAGGCUGUUCUUCGUGGGUGCUCGUGAAGGUCACCUCCCGGACGCCUUAUCAAUGAUUCAUGCGGAGAGGUAUACACCUGUCCCUGCUCUGCUCUUCAACUGUGCCAUGGCCUUGGUAUACCUGACUGUGGAGGAUGUCUUCCAGCUGAUCAACUACUACAGCUUCAGCUACUGGUUUUUUAUGGGUCUGUCUAUCGCUGGGCAGAUCUACCUGCGCUGGAAGGAACCAGACAGACCCAGACCACUCAAGAUGACCCUGUUGUACCCCAUCAUCUUCUGUUGUUGCACUGUGUUCCUUGUGGCAGUGCCACUCUACAGUGACACCAUCAACUCUCUCAUUGGCAUCGCCAUUGCCAUCUCAGGAGUGCCAAUCUACUUCCUGGGCAUCCACCUGCCCGAGUCCAAACGCCCACCCUACAUUACGAAGUUACUAUGUUCUUUCACACGCUUCACACAGCUCACCUGUUUCUGUGUGCUCACUGAGAUGGACAUCAAUGAGUAAACCUCACUCCCAACCAUGACACAAGGUUCUCACCAUGUUACCCACCACCCUUUGCAAUUCACAAACAGACUCAUGGGACCAACUCAUGGAAAUUCAUCUCUUUUGCAAAAACAAGGAAAUAUUUAUACAUUUUACCUGAAUGUCUCACUACUACAUUAGUCUAUAGUUUACAAGUUGGGACACUAUACACACGUUUACACACACAGACAGGUAUAGAGAGGUGACAGUGUGGGACUCCAGUUGCUUUUCACUGUCACCAACCUGGUGCCUGAUGGUUCAUGUGAAGUUAAGCAUUGGGCCAGGACAGAUCCCAAGGAAACCCAUGGUCAUCUGACCAGUACUCUAGGACAUCCCCUCCUCCUUAUGUCAUUAUACUACUCAUAGUUUCACUUCUCCCCAUCUCCUGACAUAGCAUUGUCCCCUGCCUGGUGUAUGAGCUGAGGGGGUGAGAUCCACAUCAGAGCCUGUGGAGGUCUCUCCCUUCUCAGGGGCUGGAGAUCCAUGUAAGAUGGCUAUACAUCUUGUAUCUUGUGAUGGAAUUACCUAGAGGUUAGAAAAUGUUGUUUUAUGAUCUCAGAGUACACUUUCAUUUUUAGAAUUUGAAUGUGCUGUGCCUGUCAAAAACAUAUACACAGAGUGUACAAAACAUUAGGAACACCUGCUCUUUCCAUGACAUAGGCUGACUAGGUGAAUCCAGGUGAA